ACGAGUGAAUUUUUCGGUGGCGGCUGUUGGAUUAUCCGAGUAUCGAUAACGGUUUAAACCGGCCUCGGCAGCUCGAAGCUUCCAUCUUGACCAGUUAUUAAUCACUCCAGUCUGAAGAUGAGGCGAAGAGGAUGGAAUCUAAAGCUGGACUCAGAACAAGCUCCCAGUUAAAAUUUAUUUCACAUGAGUUUGUCUCUUCUUUUAUGCGAUUUUGGAGCUGUUCGUUGGGGAUCCCGUCCCGGCCGAGAGCGGAGCAGGAGCUCAACGACAUGCCUAUUCAGGCUCGCCGAAGAUUGAUGUGAAGUCGUAACCCCAUGUAAAUGUAGUAUACAACAGAGCGGGAAUUUAUUUGAGGUAGCAACGUCUUGUGCCCAUCAAUGUGAAUGUCUCCCACCAUCGCCAACUGUGCACCAUGCCUCUCAAAGUCGCGCCAGCUACCGAAGCCGAUGCUCAUAGAGCUGCGGCCAUUGAGACUGUUGCCUAUGGCCCGAGUCCAGUAGGUGCAGUGUUAUUUCCGGGAGGAAGAACUUCUGAGUCCUCAACAAGAGUCGCAGAUCUCAUUGCCUCUCUCCGGAAGGAUGCGGCCUGCCGAUGGGCUAAAGUCAUUGAUAAUGAUAUAAAGGAAGAGGAAGACCAGAUGAUUGCCUUUGCUAUGUGGUAUAUCUGGGAGACUCCACCAACAGAGGAACAACAUUCCUUCCCAUCUUAUCGGGGGCCGAGCUGUAAUGCGGAAGCAUGCGAACUCUUCUUUGGAGGCAUGAACAACAUGAGAGUGAAUUAUAUGAAAGGAAAGCCAUAUGUUUAUCUGAAACUCCUGCAUACAGACCCGAAGCACCAUAGGCGUGGAGCAGCAUCUCUUCUGCUCGAUUCGGGACUUGGAGAAGCUGAUCGCCUGGGCAUUCCAGCAUGUCUAGAAUCUUCAGUACAAGGACGAAAGCUUUAUGAGAAAUUUGGCUUCGAGGAGGUUGAUAGCCACACGUCUGACUUUUCAAGCUGGGGAGGUCCAUCAGAUGUCACAGUUCCUCUGAUGAUUCGUCCUGUUGGGGGUCGGCCAAUUAACAAAGAAAUUCAGUGAACAGCACGUCGUUUGGCAAAUGGAGUACAUAGCUAGACUAGACA